UUAACCACUUCACGUCCGGCCCAUGUACAUAAACGGACAGACGGGAGCAGUGCAGGAGCGGAUGGCCAUUUAUAAACAUCCUCUCGCAUUCCCUGCCUGUGCGCGCUCCCUGGGAUCACAGAGCCUUGUACCAUGUGACCUGUGUGAUCAUUCACAGAUUUCACUAUUAGUAAGCAAUGAUGUCAGAAGUGACAUCUUGCUUACUACUAUUCAUGUGAUCACUGAUUGGCCAAUCAGUGAUCACAUGAUCGGGACCUCACACAGAGGUCACCGGAUCGCGGUGCCGUGCGCUCUCAGGGAGCGCACACAGGCAGGGAAUGUAUGAGGAUGUUUAUAAACGGCCACCUGCUCCUGCACUGCUCCCGUCCGGCCGUUUAUGUACAUGGGCUGGAGGGGAGCAGUGCAGGAGUGGGUGGCCGUUUAU